AUGGCUCAGAUCAAAGUUUGCCCCCUGGGAAGAUUUGGCCCAGGGUGCGCCUGGGAAUGCGGGGGAUGUGCGACCGGGCGGACCUCUUGUAAACCCCAGACCGGAGAGUGCCCGGAGGCCGAGCCCAGGUGUACGCCCGGACAUACGGGCGCGUUGUGCAAGGCCUGUGGUGCGGGCACAUGGGGGCAGGAGUGUCAACUGAACUGCAGUAAUAACUGUGCCCGGGGGGAUCAGGAGUGUGAUCGGAGGGACGGGACCUGCAUCGGUGGCUGCCUGCCCGGAUUUUAUGGGAGCCUCUGUGAGCCUGCCCAGUCCACAAUGCAGCUGUCAACGGUUGUUGGGAUUGGAGUUGGCAUGGGGCUGUUUAUCCUGGCCAUUAUAGUGAUCUGUACAAUGAUCUAUCUCUACUGUAACCAGCGAAAAGCCCGAAAGAAUGCACUGUCAAGGAGAGACAGCUACCUCAGUCCUGUAGCCUUGAAUAAUGGCAAGGCGCCCAGUCGUGGGUUGUCGGAUGUAUAUAGAACUGGUGAUUACGAAAUUCCGGGCGAAGAAGACGAGCUAAUUUACGAGAUGAUGUUACCAAGGACGAACUGGAAUGUGAGUCUGGCAGACAUGGACGUGAGCAAUACAGUGAUGACUCAGGGUAACUUUGGUGAGUCUCGGCUAGCUCUGUGGAAUCACAAUGUGGACAAAAGUCUCUGCACUCACGUGGGUCUCAAACGUUUUCCAGGAAACGGCUCGGACCAACGGAAGAACUUGAUAAACGGCGAGCUGGAGAAACUCAGGUCCCUGGAUCGUUGUAUUAGUGUCUUGGCCGUAUUAGGGACUUCGACUGAUCCGAACACUGGCGACAGGUUCUUGAUAUUAGAAUGUACUGAGAGAGGAUCUCUGCUGACCUACCUCAAACAGAAUCGAUCUGAGAGUUCUGAAAAGGAGGAACUGACAGAGAAAAGGCUGACCAAGCUGUGUCAGGACGUGGCAAACGGGAUGGAGCACAUCUCCUCAUACUCGAUUACCAACGUGGACCUGGCUGCGGAGACGGUCCUUCUGGACAAGUACCUGAAUGCAAAGAUCACUGGGAUAGUACAUUUUCAGGAAGAAGAUCAGACAAUAGAUAAGGUAAAGUCAUCUCAAGCUACAGUCACCUCUAGGAGAAGAUGCCCAUUAGCGUAG